AUGGCCAACUCAUGGCACGCUUAUUUUGACAGAACCGACGCAGAAGAUUGGAAUAUUUUGCAAUUUCAUAUAGAGUGGAUCCAGGAUAACGAAAAGAAUCCGGUAAACCUGGCUUACGAUAAGUCUUUAGACACACUCGCAAAAAGUCUCCGGGCGAUUGUUAAUAAGCACGUAGACGAUAAAAAAGUUACAAAAGCAAAGAGCCUUUUGGCUGUUAUUAAGGCGAGAGGCAUGGCUUUUAGCUAUUCCUCUGAUGGGCUUCUAGCUCGUUGUGGUCUCUGCAGUGGAGACUCUAAAUGCCUUUUAGGCAAUGAUAUCGAUAACCUUUGGCUUACCAUUGAAAACAAGAUGUGUGAUCGUCGGUUAAAUAAAGAAAGAAAGAAAUUGGAAAUUCUUCAGGUUAAGGGGAUUGCUCAAGCUACAAGUCAAAGCCAAUCAUACGCGUUUGCAUUGAAUGAUAGUGCUCUUGCAAACUUGGAACUUACUGCAACUAAGAUAAAUCAAGAUCAAGAACUAUUUGGGAGCAAAAAGGAUGAAAUCCCAAAAUCAAUCGCAGAUUCCGAAAACAAUCCGUUUUUGGUAUCCGAGGAUGAGUAUGUAUGUUCACAGAGAAUUCUGAACGAAGGGACAAAAUUACCAGCUCCUAAUAAACGAGGAAACAAAAUCGAAAGAGACGUUCUUACACGUAAAAAGGCAAAAAAGAACGUGAAAAGUUAUCCUCAACCAAUAAACGGAAUGUCUUCCUUCGAGUCUCUUCCUUCUGAUGAAGAUAACAAAGAACAUAGUGAAGAAGACGACAUGGAAAUUAAUUUUGACCUAACGAUUAUUUCAACCGAAUUACAGCGUGAACCGACAGUCAAGUGGGAAGUUGGCCACAUCAAUGUGACUGAUCGGUUUCGGCAGUACCAGAAAGAGAUUAUUGAGAAGGCGGGAAUAGAAGGGUUGAAAUACGACAAUAUAUACGAACUCUUAGCUUUAUCGUCGAUUAUCGUCCUUUCCUGGCCAUGUCCGUAUCCCUCCUUGUUUACAAUUCAAGAAUGGAAAGAGGUCACAAAAAAUAAUCCAUAUACUGUCCAAGAAUCCUCUCUUUCACCGGGCAUUUUGUCAUCUAUUAAUGAAGCAUCGUUUAACCAUUUUCUCGGAAUGGAUGCAUUUAUGGAAGGCGGAAAAUCGAAACUAAGUAGACUAGUUGCACGAGCGUUUAAUGACUUGUAUGACAGUGUUAUGAAUAUUGCUCCCUUAAAAUUGUCCGAAGAAGAACAUUGUCUACGUUUCGUCUAUCCAAUUUCUCGCCCAUUUUUCGUCGGUGAGAAAGAAUACGAUCUAGUAUUAAACCGUUCUAAUUCGGGUUCUAAAAAAAGACCGGACCUUUCAUGCGUGGUAAACGGU